UAGGAUUGUCUAGUUGGACCUAGAGAGGCUCAAGCUGUAAAUUACGACCCACCCUGCCAUUUUUGAUUGGAGCCGAUUGAAUCUUAUGACUGUGCGACGCCAUCUUGAGGUCAAGGUUCCGGCUGGUUACCUGCGCGGGGCCAGUUACAUACAGGUUUUCUCACUUUUUGGUAGUUCGUGUUUUCCAAGAAUUAGAACCUUGGUCUUCUGAUUCUUUGAGGUUUGAUGAUCUAAUACCUGGGCGGGACCGAGAAUCUCAAAUAGAAAACCUAAAUGUCAUUUGUCCUUCGAAAAGAACUGCUCACUCCAAGAAAUGACUGGCAACCGCUAUAUUGGCUCUUUUGGACUUUUUCUGCGUACACUCACUACAACUUAGGCGAGGUAACAGGGUCAAAGAGGUUCCUUAUAAAAAGAUGAACACUACCUACUUCCCAAGACUACUGUAAGGAUUAAAUUAACCAAUAUAUGAAGGCUUUUUUGACAUUGAGACACGUCAGCUCCUGGCAGCAGCCUCAUUCGGCCUGGAAGAAGAAAGGCCUCCAUAUGGAGUUGCUUCAAUUGUGGCAAGCUCACCACAGGGCAAAGAAAAUGCUCUAUCUUUAUCUACAGACAGAAUGCCAUCCAGAAAGGACAAAUGGGUGCAGGGAAGUCGAUUGCCAACUUCUGCCAGGAUAGGGUAGCCCUUGAAACAUCGGCUUGAGGUCCAAAUAAAUCCAACAGCAGCUCCUCACCACCUUCUGGCAUCAGACUUUGUAGCUGAGGCCCAAACCAAUGCACUGAUCUUUGUGAACCCAGCAGGCCCCUCAGCGUGUGGCAGAGACUCUGUCAAGUUCACUUCCACCACAUCUUUCAUUGCACUUUUCAGAGGAUGAGGCCAUCAAACUCAGCGGACACUGCUGCUGGUACAAGAGACUUGGAGGCAGAGAAUUAACAAUUUGAACAUUUGUGAGUGCGUAAAAAUCCUUAGCCAGACAGGUUUUCUUUUUUAAAAGAUUCAGAACCCCGUGGAAGAGCUAGCCACCUUUAGACUCAAAGCAUUUGUCUUCCUUCAUUCCUGGGAAAGUACAUUAGUGACUGUUGCAGGGUGGGUGGUUUCCAGACUAGUCUAAGUUAUGAGUACCCAGACUUCCCUAGCAGAGAAGGGCCUAAAUCCAGGGCUCAUGUGCCAGGAGAGUUAUGCUUGCAGUGGGACUGAUGAAGCCAUCUUCGAAUGUGAUGAGUGCUGUAGUUUGCAAUGUCUCCGCUGUGAGGAGGAACUCCACCGACAGGAACGCCUUCGAAACCAUGAGCGGAUAAGACUCAAAGCUGGCCAUGUCCCUUACUGUGACCCCUGCAAGGGCCCCAAUGGGCAUUCGCCAGGUGUUAGGCAGAGGGCAGCCGUGAGGUGCCAGACCUGCAAAAUCAACCUUUGCCUGGAAUGCCAGAAGAGGACUCAUUCAGGGGGUAACAAGAGAAGACACCCCAUUACCGUGUACCACGUCAGUAAGGUCCAGGAGUCCCUGGAGGGGGAAGAGAUGGAUGAGGAGACCAAGAGGAAGAAGAUGACAGAGAGGGUUGUGAGCUUCCUCCUGGUAGAUGAAAACGAAGAGAUCCAGGUAACAAAUGAAGAGGACUUUAUUAGGAAAUUGGACUGUAAGCCUGACCAGCAUCUCAAGGUGGUUUCCAUUUUUGGAAAUACUGGUGAUGGAAAGUCCCAUACCCUCAACCACACUUUCUUCUAUGGCCGAGAAGUCUUCAAAACCUCCCCUGCUCAGGAGUCCUGCACAGUGGGAGUGUGGGCCGCCUAUGACCCAGUCCAUAAGGUAGCAGUGAUAGACACAGAAGGACUCUUGGGAGCCACUGUGAAUCUGAGCCAGAGGACACGGCUGCUGCUGAAGGUUCUGGCCAUCUCAGACUUGGUCAUCUACCGAACUCAUGCAGACCGGCUGCACAAUGACCUCUUCAAGUUCCUUGGGGAUGCCUCGGAAGCCUAUCUGAAGCACUUCACCAAGGAACUCAAGGCCACCACUGCACGCUGUGGCCUGGACGUCCCCCUGUCCACCCUGGGCCCCGCAGUUAUUAUUUUCCAUGAGACUGUACACACUCAGCUUCUGGGUUCUGAUAACCCCUCAGAGGCACCCGAGAAGCUCAUCCAGGACCGGUUCAGGAAGCUGGGCCGCUUCCCUGAAGCCUUUAGCUCCAUUCACUACAAGGGAACAAGGACGUACAAUCCCCCCACAGACUUCUCUGGACUUCGCCGUGCUCUGGAACAGCUGCUAGAGAACAACACCACCAGAUCUCCCCGACACCCAGGGGUCAUCUUCAAAGCCCUGAAGGCACUAAGUGACCGCUUCAGUGGUGAGAUCCCCGAUGACCAGAUGGCGCACAGUUCCUUUUUUCCAGAUGAGUACUUCACCUGCUCCUCGCUCUGCCUCAGCUGUGGGGCAGGAUGUAAGAACAGCAUGAACCACGGCAAGGAAGGGGUGCCUCAUGAAGCCAAGAGCCGCUGUAGGUACUCACACCAAUAUGACAACCGAGUUUACACCUGCAAGGCCUGCUAUGAGAGAGGCAAGGAAGUCAGCGUGGUACCCAAAACAUCUGCCUCCACUGACUCUCCCUGGAUGGGUCUGGCAAAGUAUGCCUGGUCUGGGUAUGUGAUCGAAUGUCCUAACUGUGGUGUGGUCUAUCGGAGCCGCCAGUACUGGUUUGGGAACCAAGAUCCUGUGGAUACGGUGGUGCGGACAGAGAUUGUACAUGUGUGGCCUGGAACUGAUGCAUUUCUGAAGGAUAACAACAAUGCCGCCCAGCGUCUGUUGGAUGGGAUGAACUUUAUGGCUCAGUCAGUGUCUGAGCUUAGCCUCGGACCCACCAAGGCUGUGACAUCUUGGCUAACGGACCAGAUUGCCCCUGCCUACUGGAGGCCCAACUCCCAGAUCCUGAGCUGCAACCAGUGUGCGAUAUCCUUCAAGGACAAUGACACCAAGCAUCACUGCCGGGCCUGUGGUGAGGGCUUCUGUGACAGCUGUUCAUCCAAGACCCGGCCAGUGCCUGAGCGGGGCUGGGGACCUGCACCUGUCCGAGUGUGUGACAACUGCUACGAUGCCAGGAAUGUCCAGUUAGAUGUGACUGAGGCGCAGGCAGAUGAUGAAGGUGGAACGCUGAUUGCCCGGAAGGUGGGCGAGGCCGUGCAGAACACCUUGGGAGCCGUGGUGACAGCUAUUGACAUACCACUAGGCCUGGUGAAAGAUGCUGCCAGGCCAGCCUACUGGGUGCCCGACCAUGAGAUCCUGCACUGCCACAACUGCCGCAAGGAGUUCAGCGUCAAGCUCUCCAAGCACCACUGCCGAGCUUGCGGACAGGGCUUCUGCGAUGAGUGCUCCCAUGACCGCAGGGCUGUCCCCUCUCGAGGCUGGGACCAUCCAGUCCGAGUCUGCUUCAACUGCAAUAAAAAGCCCGGUGACCUUUAACCCCAGUUCCCUCUCCAACUCCUUCACAAUUCCUUAGGUUCUCAGGGUUAGAAACAGAAGUCUCACCGAGGUAGGCCCUCCUCCUGGUCACCUGGUGUGGUGUGUGGUGUGUGUGCCACUCUCACAUUCCUCCGUGGAGGUGAGCCUGGCGGUAGAUCCGAAGGCAUGAACCACGUCAGGGCAGGGGCACGGAGCCCCUCUUAGUAAAGUGGAAUGGACCAGAGUCCAUUGCAUUUAUUUCACUUAAAAAUAAUAAAUCUCUCUAUAUAUCUCCAUUUAUCCAUCUAGAGGGGAUCUGGAGUGAUCAGGACUGCUUCUGCUUUGAAGACUUAGCCUGGUGUGUCCCCAGCACAGAGAUGAGGUGACACUGGGAGUCAGUCUUUCUCACAGAGCUUGGCAGUGUCCUUUUCUGCCCUCCCUCCUGCUCCCCAGCUGUCUGAAUGGCUGCCUAGGUUUGAACCUCCUGCUUGAAGCAGUCUUGGUUCUGGCCUGUACUAGACAGAGGUCUGGCUUCGUGUGUAAGCUACUGGUAUAUGUAAGGGACAGAGGGCUAGGGUCUUGAGACAUAAAAAGUCAAAAUGCAGGUCCUUGUGGCCCCUGUAGUUGGGGAGUCCAGAAGGAGGCAGGUCUCCCCGAGCAGGACAUCUGCUCCCUGAUGCUCUGUCUGUUAGGCUUUCUUAGAAGCCACACCCAGCUCCUCCCCUGCCCCUGGACUCCAGUCUGUCCCUUCUUAGGAUUUUUAUUGCUCAAAGUGUCUUAUUCUUUGUUCCCAUACAUACAUCCCCUCUAUUGGGGGUGGGGGGCGGGUGACCACAAGAAACCUUCCAGGGAAACAGCACAGAAUGGACUGUUAGUUAUGUUUUAUAAAUAAAUAAAUAAAUAAAUAUUUCAACAGAUCAUGAGGAAAAACAUUCUCUUUGGUUCUUACAAGAGAAACGAAGUGAAAAAUGUUUCUCAAAAAGAGCUUGGACAUCAUAUGGAUCAUGACUGGAGACUGUUGUGCUGAACUCCUGCCAGGUGGAGUUCAUCUCAGUGGCCAAAAAAAGAAGAAUCAGAGCAACGAUGGUAUUGAUUGAACUGAUGGGUGGGUGGAGCCUCGGGGAGGGAUGUGGGCAGUCAUUCCUGGGGUGUGUAUCCAGUGAUGUUAGCCCUGGAAUGGACUGGUCCUUCUUAGAUCUGCCCUUUCUGCCUUCCGAGGCCCUAUUCUAGAACUGUAUCAUCCAUUCACCACUAUAAAGGAAUCUUCUGCUGAA